AUGCUGCUGCAGCCUUGGACCACAGCUGAGGGGACUGUGGCAUCCAUAGUGGAGCACCGAGGGGAGCACCAUGGACGCCAGCUGCCGCAGUCCCUGGAGCUCCCUGCUCAGUCGGUCCACGAGGGCUUGGCUGUGCGCAGUCCCCGUUCUUGGAGGCGGGAGACCCGGGCGGGCUUCCGGGCCGCAGACGUCCCGCCUUUCCUUCCCCGAGCGAAUCCGAAGACCCCGGAACACCGCAGCCCCCUCCCCGAGGCCGGAGGGCAGCGGGGCGGAGCCAGAGGGCCGCGCGGGCGGGGCGCCCCCUGCAGAGGCCCGGGCCUCGCGCACUCGCAGGGGGGCUCCCUCGGAAGGCGGGGGUUCCUCCUAACCCGGCUCUUUACACCCGCUGCCUCGCUGCCAGCCAGCGGCCGCGACGCCAGGGCUCGGGCUCGGUCCCCAGCAGCGGGGGAGCCUCCUGGAACCGCCCCGCACCGCCGCGGAGCUCCCCGGGGCCCUCGGUGGGCGCUGCAGCCUGGGGGUGCUGGCCUUCGCGCCCCCGUUCCCUGGUUCAUGCACUCAUUCACGCACCCGUCAGUGUCCUCCCGAGCUGGCCGGGCGCAGGAGGCGGAGAGAGGAGCCCGCAGCCCGGUGCGGAAGCGCGGAGCCCCGGCCGGGAGCCGCGGGCCGGGAGACCACGAACUGCGCUUGGCUAGCGGAGCGUCUGGCAGAGCUGGGGUCCCUGUUCCAGGCGGCCCCGGCCCGCGGACGGAGUCUAAUCUCCCCUGGGCUCGCCCACGCCUGAGCUUUGACACAGGAUCUUUCUCUGUUGCCCAGGCCUGUCCCCCACCACCCCAGCCCUCUGAGCCAGGGGCCGUGUUCAUAGCUCACCUCCGCAGCCGCCUGGGGGCUGCACACCCAGUUCACUCUGCUCACUCCACAACCCCUGAGCCUCUGCCUUCUGCCAGGUGCUUCGUUCCGGGCCCUGGGGAGCUCUCCCUCCUCGGCAGGGCUGCUUUGUGCUGUGAACAGAUCCUGGGCGUCCAGGGUGGUCUGGCUGGUGCAGCGGAGAGGCAGGGGGCAGAGCACUGUGCCCCCAGCUCAGGACAGCGCGAGUCACCUGGGCACCUAGGCAGGAUCUUCAAGGAGAGAGGGACCCAGGGAGGGAGCGUGCCAGGGAUCGAGGCAGCAGGAAGAGAGUGGGAGGAGAGGGAGGCCUGCUUGGGCUGCAAACUCGUGGAGACAAGUUGGCACCAAGGCGAGCAGCCACAUGAGAAAGGGGAGUGGGCUGGGGAGCUCGGAGCAGGCCUUGGGAGGAAGGAGGGAGACAGGCCUGAGGGGGCGGCACUGAGCCAGCAGAACGAUGCCCGGUAUAAACGGGGACCCGAGGGCAGGGCGGGGCGCACCGUGGCGCAGCGCUCGGGAAAGUGCCCCCAACCUGGCCACUCCCAUGAAGCCUUCAGUCUCCAAGGCCACAUUCCCUGUCCCCACACAGCUACUGAAAUUAGUCUGCCCCACUGCGAGCUCCUGGGAUCACUCUAUGAGGGCAAGCACUUCACAGGGCGGAAGCUGGAGGUCUUCGGGGACUGUCAAAUCCAGGGCUGGGGCUUUAUGAACCGAGUGAACUCCAUCCGCGUGGAGAGCGGAGCCUUCUGCUUCGAUCACCCUGACUUCCGGGGCCAGCAGUUUACCUUGGAGCACGGCGACUGCCCCUACUUCUUCCACUGGAACAGCCACAGUGACCACACGGGCUGCUGUCGGCCUGUAGGAAUGGUGACACGGGGACACUUCCGCCUAGAAAUCCUUGAGGGCUUUCACGGCCAGUGCCUGGAAUUCCUGGAGGACCGCCCCUUCCUGCAGAGGGGCUGGGCCAAGAGCUGCGUCAACGCCAUCAAGGUAUGUGGGGACGGAGCAGCAUGGAGCCCUAGAAGCUUCGGAGCUGAGGACUUCCGGGGGGCAGCUCUCUCAGAUCAAGGACUGGAAGACAACACCACAGUCUCGAUCUCUUGACCUUGUGAUCUGCCCGCCUCGGCCUCCCAAAGUGCUGGGAUUACAGGUGUGAGCCACCGCGCCCCACCAUAUUUAGGUAUAUUUUUGUCAAGAACUUGACGCAAAUCCAAAGCCUCUCCAGGCCUCAGACCCUGUUCUGUGAAAUGCGCAGUCAUGUGUGUUGUACCAACUGUAUACCCUUGUAAAGGCCAAAGGGGUGACCCAUGAGCUGGCGCCAUAUGAGGGCUGCUUACUAGCAGGUGACCCAGUAGGUGACGGGUGGGGGAGCAGGCAGGGGGAGUGUGUCACAGGAGUAAGGGUGACUUGGCUCCAAACUCCAGCCUGGUCCUCACUCUGUCACUCACUAGGACGUGACAUUGGAGAAGCCACUGCUGUGUCUCUCAGUGUCCUCAGACAUACAGCAGUGGUCAUAAUUCCGGCCCUCAUAGGCAGUUAAUGCCUGGGGAAUGAAAUGAGAGCCUCGGGCCCCACCAGUUCACUCCGGGUCCUUGGGAGUCACGGGAAAAGCCAGGCCCAGCAGCCCUUCCCGCAAGUUCCAGAGGCUUCCCCUGAGCUCUUCCGCUCCUCCCCAGCACCAAGGCGUAGCAGCACCUCAUUAACUGGUGAUUUAAUGCUUCAAAUGGGCUUUGUGCUCCUCGGUGACCUCCCCCUCACCCCAGCCCCCUGCUCCCUAAUCUGUCAGCAAAUCUGCUUUUUGUCUGAAAGAGGAAAAACAAGUUUCCCACCAAAGUGCUUGUGGGCAGCUUGUAAUGUAUCUGAAGUCCGUCCAGGGGUCGAUGGACCGAGGGUGAGAGGCGCUCAGAGCCACACAUGCUUUACAUAGUUCUGCCUCCCUCUGUGGUUUGGAAAGCUGGGACUUUCACACAGCCAUCCUCUCCUGUCCUCAGCCCUGGGUCCCCCUGCCCUGCCGGUCCCCUGCACACUGUU